AUAUUUGUCCAAUGGCAGCGAUUGGAGGUUUUCUAUUUGGAAAUGUCGAUGAAGAAGGUCAUUUAGAAGAUUCAGGGCUUGGUGAGGAAAUCCGUGAAUCUUUGCAAAAAGGCGCCGAAGAAGGUGCUGUAUUAAGUCAGAUUUUCUCGGUCCGAUCAUUGGGAAUUGAAAUUGACGACGCCGCUGCUGAAAGUGAAGCAUCUGCACACACACCAACAUAUGCUCCAGAAGAGUCCAGCACUAAACACGCUGAUGGUGCUGUUGACUAUUCAGAGUCUAUGGAGGUUUACACAGAUGAUCCAGGCGAGCUGGUGUUUACAGAAACACACUAUCAGCAAGGCUUAAACCGCUUAAACCGCGUCAAAGAGAUUAUGCAAACAUCGGGCUUACCGCCUCAGCAAACUUUAAAUUUUGAAGAAACAAGUGGCUAUAAAAUGGAAGAUAUUCAUAUGCACGGAAUAUCAAGUCUGCCUAAAAACGGAUUUGAAUUUCACGCUAACGCUCAGCAUGAUAUAGAAAUACCUGGCUCUCAACCAUCCGUUAAUGAAAUGUUCGACAUAAAAACUUUGUACCCUGCGUUCGAAAAGGAUAAGAUCUUGAAAUUUUCAGAUUUAUUUGCAACUAAAACUAAAAAUCGAAAGCUAAACCCUUUAAGCAGACAUGAUGAGACACAGCUACAAUUUAAUUUUGAAAUAGAUGAUCAAAAACUAUUCGAAUCAUCUCAACAGUUCCUUACUGAAAAACUAUGCCUUGAUGACAACGUUGAAAACAAAGCUAUUAUCGAUACACCUACUUCACCUAUGAGUCAAAUAUCAGAAAACAAUUAUGAGAUUGAUGAUGUUGAUUUCAAGCUUGAUGAUGAUAAGCAUGUACAUGAAGUAGGACAAUUAUUUUGGAAAGUUCCUGAUAAUCCCAAUACUUAUUAUUCCGUUACAAUGAGUACAUGGGAAGAUAAGAUUUCAUGGGAUAGUGACGGUGACGAAGGUGGCGACGAAUCGGCUAGUUCAAGCGAUGACAAAGUACUUAAGCAGUCCAACAUGCCUUUCAGUUAUCGAAAUACCGAGUUCGAAAGUGGAGAGUGGCUUAACUCUAUACUAUGGGACGAUUAUAAAGGCUUUGCUCCUUUUGCAAAAUUAACGCUAGAUAUGAAUGAUCCGAACAUGCUUUUCAAUUAUUCUGCUAUUGACUUACCAACAAUAACUAAUCCUGAUUUACAAGGUCAAUAUGACGUUAAAAAAAUAAAAAAAAAAUCUCCGAUGGAGAUUGAUAAAUCAUUAAAUUUCGAUGCAUAUAAAUCUGUUGCUUUUGACGACAGCCCACCUUAUGAAGCAUCUUUCGAUAAUGAGCAAAUGGAAUUUAAAAGACGGCUCAAUUCCGGACAAAU